AUGGCCAACGACGGUCCUUCAUAUCCACACCUAUACGUGAUACCGCUUAUCUUUGCUACCUGUAGUGAACACCAGGCCAGUAUCCUUGCAAAAGAAACAUAUGAUUAUUAUUUAAUCGAGUACCUCCCACUGUUUGUGACAUUGUCCCCUUUUCGCGCAGUCACCACUACUCGCAAAUCCUUCAGUAAUGCCCCAUUCUGA